AUGCUGGUGCGGGUGUCGUCCGCUAGGCGGCCCUGCGCGGCAGCUGCAACAGACGACUACCGGAAGCGUGAUCCCAAGGACAUUCGUGUGCUGGUUGUGGGGUCCACAGGAUACAUUGGGAAGUUUGUGGUGCAAGAGCUAGUUGACAGGGGCUUCAAUGUGGUCGCAUUUGCAAGGUCUCGGAGUGGCAUUGGUGGCAAAGCUUCUGGAGAAGAUGUUAUCAAGGGAUUCCCAGGGGCUGACGUCAAGUUUGGGGACGUCACGGAUGUGAAGUCACUGGAGUCUGUGGCUUUCAAAGAGCCGGUUGAUGUUGUGGUGUCCUGCCUGGCAAGCAGAACAGGAGGAAAGAAAGAUUCAUGGCUCAUCGACUAUCAGGCAUCCUUGAACUGCCUUGAGGCUGGCAGAGCUUGCGGCAUGAAGCACUAUGUCCUGCUGUCAGCGAUCUGUGUGCAGAAGCCCUUGCUGGAGUUUCAAAAGGCAAAACUUGCACUUGAAGCAGCUCUGCAGAAAUGUGAAGACAUUACAUACAGCAUUGUCAGACCAACCGCAUUCUUCAAGAGCAUCGCAGGCCAGGUGGACCUGGUUAAAGAAGGCAAGCCAUACGUGAUGUUUGGAGAUGGCACCCUUGCAAGUUGCAAGCCCAUCAGCGAAGCCGAUUUGGCUUCCUUCAUCGCCGAUUGUGUGCUGGAUGAUGACAAGACCAAUAAGAUACUGCCGAUUGGUGGUCCAAGCCAGGCGUACAACGCAUUGCAGCAGGCGCAGCUGCAGUUUGAGUUGAGCGGCAAGGAGCCAAAAUACAUUAAAGUGCCUGUGGCUUUGAUGGAUGGUAUUAUCGGCGUACUUGACUUCCUUGCUGGGUUCUUUUCGAAUCUUGAGGAUGCCGCAGAGUUUGCACGAAUCGGGAAGUACUACGCCACAGAGAGCAUGCUGGUGUGGGAUCCUGAAGAGCAGAAAUACAAGGAAGAUGAGACCCCUAGCUAUGGCAAAGACACCCUUGAGGAGUUCUUCGAGAAGGCGAUAAAGGGCGGCCUCAAAGGCCAGGAGCUCGGGGACCAGGCGGUGUUCAAAGGCAUGUCAUGA